AUGAGGUUCGGUAUUACAAGACCCAUGUCUGGAAGUGCGACGGGCCUUGUCUACACCGCCCGCCGUAUUAUGGAAUCGCCACCACAGCCAGCAGACAGAUGGUACGCGGAGCACCAGGAAUCGUGCGGUGGUACGUACACAAAGAUCUCGGAACCAGACCCGACUCCCAAAAAGAAAUCGACAAAGACGACAAAAGAUGCGACGACAGAACCCAAAGUAAAACCGAAACCGAAACCACGGACGAUGCUCGACAACUUUCUGGUCCCCCAGAUGGGGCCAGGGACGACAUCUUCGUCAUCCCCUUCGACGUCAACAUCAUCUUCCUCAACACCAUCGACUCCUCGGACGUCGUCGCCGUCAAUCUCGGCUUUAGAGGACCACUUGAAAGCGACAGGCCUUUGGAAUGGUGUUCACGGAAAGUCAUUAUCAGUAGAGAAUGGGCAAGACGACAAAAAGGAACUCUCCGAGUCUUCACCAGGAACGAGCCACCACAUCUCGCCAAAGGAGGCUGCUGCAGCUGCUGCACUAGCUCGAUUCGAGCGCCACCUCGCCUCAAACAACCAAACCAGUGGCCCGUCGACAUCACGCUCUUCGCCGUCGACCACUGCUAUACCAACGACGCCAACAACACCAACAGCACCGACGAUAGCGACCGCGCAAAUUAAGCGCAAGCAGUUGGAACGAGCCUUGUCAUUAGACAGCGAUGACGACACUGACAGUUGGAAGAAAAUGAAGUCUGACAACAAGAACAAUGACGAGGAUGACGUGAUAUUUAUUAACGCAACCUCCCCUCCCCCACCACACCAAAAGUCAUCUUCUGAACAAGACAAAUCUCCAGUGUCAAUGGUAGCAUGCCCAGUCUGUGCUCAACAGGUCGAAGAAGCGACAAUCAACGACCAUGUCGACCUCUGCAUCUGGCGCACGAGUGGCGGUGACGCUUGA